CACGCAGCAUGCUCCCACCUGGCACAAAUUCACCAGAAGCGGGGAGGAGGAGGGGAACGAGGCCCUGCAUCUCUCUCCACAGCCGGUGAAGUCCCCUGGGCUGGGCAGGAGACAGCGAGCGAGUCACCGGCCCCGGCACGGCCCGCGGGGCUCGCCCCAUGCUCCCGCUGCGCGGCCGGGCCGCCCGCGCCGCUCCUCGGCCCCCCGAGCCAGCGCGGCCCGGCGGCUCCGGCGGCAGGGGCGGAUCAGCGGGGCCCGCGCCCCCGUUCCCAAAGGCUCCUCCUCGGCUCCCGGCUCCGCAGCCACCUGUGUGCGCUCCGGGCGGGGCGGGGCCGGGCCGAGCCGCGGGUCCCUCCUCUGCCGGUGCCUGCGGGCGGGCGGGACGGGACGGGACGGGGAGAGGCUCCGGCAGCGCGGCGGGACCCGGCCCAGGGAGAGCCCGGCCCCGGGAAGCGGCGGCGCCGGCAGGUGCCGGGCCGAGGGCAGCGCGUCCCGGCGGGGCAGCGCUCACGGGCAUGGACAAGCUCAACAGGCUGACGGUGCCGGCCGGGGAGAAGUUCAGGAAGCUUCAAAAGAUGGUGCAUGACAUCAAGAAAAAUGAAAGUGGGAUAAUAAACAAGUUCAAAAAGUUCCAAAAUGAACAAGUGGCCUUAAUUUGCAAAACUGGGAAAGAUACUUGGGAUCGCCUUAAAAAAAAACCACCGCCAAGUCUGCCACAAAGGGAUUAUGCUUCAGAACACGCAGACAACGAAGAGGAACAAUGGUCAGAUGAUUUUGACAGUGAUUAUGAAAAUCCAGAUGACCACUCUGACUCUGAGAUGUAUGUGGUCCCCAGUGAAGAGAAUCCUGAUGACAGCUAUGAGCCACCUCCAAGUGAGAAGGAGAAAAAGAAGAUUCCCUCUGCAUUCCCUAUUUCUAGGGGUGAAUAUGCAGACAAUCGCACCAGUCACCAGAAGCUUCCUCCCAUCAACAAACCUCUCCCAAGUACACCCAGUCCAGCCAUGUCCAGACCAAAGAAACCAUGUGUGCCAUCCAUGCCAUUGCCAUCUCCUGCUGCAAAACCAAAAGUGCCACCUAAGCCUAAGGAGUGCAGUGAUGAUGAGGAUAACUACAUUGUGCCCGUGGACAAUGAUGAUGAUAACUAUAUUGAACCCACAGAAGGUAGCAUGUCACUACCUACAAGAUCACCUGUGAACAGAUUUAUGAAGACAACAAAACCAGCCCCCCCUAUUUCUCCAAAGCCUUCUCUUCCUUCUGUUAUGCAAGAAGUCUACGAGGUUCCUGAAGAAGAGGAAGAACCGUCACCACCACCACCAGUAACCAGAUUCACCAAGCCACUCAUGUUUAUUCCUGCUCAGAAUACAGAGCACUCCCACAUGCUCAGCAUGACCAGAGAGUCACCUAAGCAGGAUAACUCCAGAAAUAUUUUGCCUCUCCCCAGAAGUCGUCUUCAUCCAAAAACAGACCAUGAAGCCAACAAUAAUGAUGAAAGUCAGAGGUUCAAUAACACACAAGAAUCCAGAUUUCCCACUGGUGCAGCUCCAUCUCCAUUACCAAGGGGCCUCAAGAAAGCUUCUAAUGCAGUAAUUUCACCGAAACCGUGUUUACCUUCCAGAGAGAACUUAACUGCAAAUGAAGAAAAACCUAUGGCACCAGACCGACGGCGCAAUUCCAGCCAGGAACUUCCACUUCCCCCCCUUCCAAGUGGUGCCCAAAAGCCUCUUCUGCUCCAAAAGCCCUCAGUUCUGCCAAAAGUGCCAGAAGCUGCAAACCGUUCUCUAGGUGCUUCCCCUCCCAGCAGCACUUCAUCUAUUUCAAGUUCUGCAGACCAGGAUGCUGGUGUUCACAGUAAAGCAUGGUAUGCUGCUGCCUGUGAUAGGAAAAUGGCAGAAGAUGCAUUGUACCGAUCAAACAAGGAUGGAUCUUUUCUAAUAAGGAAGAGUUCUGGGCAGGACUCACGGCAGCCAUAUACACUGGUUGUAUUUUACAACAGAAGAGUGUACAACAUUCCUAUACGAUUUAUUGAAUCAACAAGGCAAUAUGCACUGGGCAGAGAAAAAAGUGGUGAAGAGCGCUUCGACAGUGUUGCUGAAAUUGUAGAAAACCAUCAGCGCACCUCCCUAGUUCUAAUUGACAGCCAAAACAACACAAAAGACUCAACAAAACUGAAAUAUAUUGUAAGAGUUUCUUAAUCGAAUUGAACUGCUGAAAUGAAGACCUCUUUAAUAAUUUCUUUUGAAAUACUGAGAUGUGGACAAGGUAUUAAAAGAAGAAAAUCAAAAUUAUGGGAAACACUCUUCAAGAGCACCUACAUAGUAAGAAAUGCAUUUCAUAGAGUUCAACCCCACGUCUCUUUUAUCAGGAAAGUUUAACACAGGAAGUCAAAGCAGAUACACUGUCAUCUGUGACAACAUGGGUAUCCAAAGUCAUGGGAAUAACAACUGCAUACCACAGCCCGGUCCUCUGACUGCUGUUUGAAGACAGAUUUCUUGAAGGACGUUUUCGUUUUAAAAAUGAGAAUACCCACAGUGAUCUACUCUUUCAGUUUAUGUUUAUCAUGUAUCACUGCUUUCAGCAAUUUCUUUGUAAAGUGCACAGCCCCAGAAAUUAGAGCAACUUGACCUAAUGUACCACUGUGCACAAGUUGAAAAUAGGACUGUGCUUUGUGAAUAGUGGCAAUAAAUCCACCUGAAUGUUUUAGAUUUAUGGACUUGUGUUGUACUUUCCCUCAGCUUCACCCUGUUUCACUGAUAUUUUUGUUUGUAUUUUCAAAUGUACAAAUAAAAUUUGAUAAUACUGUAAACUCAGUAGUGUAUGGAGAGUUUGCUGGACUGCAUUUCUGGCACCCUUCCAGCAAGAAAGCAUCAGUUCAUUAGUGUUGAUGUUUUAAUGUAUAUAUUUGUAUGUGCUCCUUCACAAUGUUAUGAAAAAGUAUCACUUUUUACAACUUUAUCUCAUAUAUUACGCACAUAUUGCGCUCAUAUAUAUUGCACAGACACAUAAUUUGGCUUAAUAACUCUCAAAUCUUUUGUCUUCAAAUUGCCUACUGCUGAUGACCCAGGUGCACUGCAUCAUUGCUAAACUAAUUACUCGCUCACUUCUUGCUGAAUUACUGCUUAUGGAGACACACACAGGAAAAAAACCACUUUUUAUGUUAUAGCCUGUUCUAUCACAGUGGUUUACUUACUAUAAUAUUAUGAACAAAGUUAACUUCCACAAAUAUUCAAGUGGUAAAAAUGAAUUUGAUGAAUGUAUAAAUUGCAUCAAUGAAAAAUUUCUAGAAGCAAUUGUUAACUAGUUCUAGCAGUGUUUGAUUUCAGUAGACCUGAAGACUCCAUCUUAAAGGUAAUUUCCAAAACUGACACUUUAUACACACUUAGUUGGUUCUUUUUGUUCUAAAUUAAGCAGUGUUCUCUAGGAUUAUAUUCAAGGCAUUAAAGGCAAGACUGAGUCAAGACCUGCAAAGUCUCAGCAAAUCACUUAGGGCCAAAGGAUGGCUGAAUUCUGUAAAUACCUUCUUGUGCUUUCGAUCAGUUACUUCUAAAAGUCAUGCAACUGUCUUCUAGAAAGAACUGUAUGCCAGUAGGAUGCUCAGCACAUGGCUACCUACAUACCAGCUUCUUCCCUCUGCAAAACAGGCAACACUUACCAAAUGUGAUGUGAGAACACACUGGCAAGUAAGAAACAAUGCAUACAGACUACACAAGCCUACAUAUGACAGACCAUCACAGUACUACAUAAGGGCUAUGUGUAGUAUAUUGCUUAGUUGAUAUUAGUUUUAUAUUUAACACUAUGCCUAAUACUUCUGAAAUGUUUAGAACAUUAAGAUUGCCACGACAAAGUGUAAAAAUUAACACAAAAGUAGUGUCUGCAAGCUUUAUUUACUCUUUCUAUAUGUGUACUAUUAUAUUAUUUAGCUACUUUAAGCAUCACUUUAGAAGCUAUUUCAAGCAAUACUCACAAUGGAAGUACUCUGAAAAAGUAGCCACUGAAUAUUUAACUUCCUAUGCAUUCAUGUAGUCCUUGCCUUUCACUCCUGUACUGCACAGUAUUUAAACUUGGUACUAAUUGUCUGUCUGGUAACCUUUCUGUGCUGCUCCUCAAAAUCUCUAGAUUCUUCAAACAUUCUUUCCAAGUUAAGUGUGCAGUAUAUCCAUCAUUCUAGAACUGGGGAAGAAAAAAUAGUGUGAACAAGGGAAAUUCAAGUGUAUAUCUUUAAUACAAGAGUCUAGGUAUCACUUUUUUAAGGCAAUUAGCACUGAGCCCUUUAAAGCACUGCUGCUCCUGCCCCUCAGCUCUAAGUGCUCAGCACUGCAUGUAAUAUUGUGGUUGACCUACCAAUAACAAAUAUGCUCUAGAUGAAGGGGCCACUUACCUUCAUCCUCACACCUUACUUUACUAUUUAUCCAUGUUCUACAUGAUUAUAGGGCUACCUUAUAAUUUUGACAACAAAACAAGGCAGGGAGCUGAUAGGCAACACAACCUUCCACAGAAUAAUCCAAUCAGCCUGAAAUGAGAACUUCUUAGACACACACAGAAACACACUACUGUAUUAUCACCUACUUUAUUACACUUGGUGUUUUGUACAGGAACAAAGGCAGCAGACUGGUUACUCUGCUUUCCAUACUUGAGCUAGAUCUGUUAUAGCUUGGCAGGACUGUGGUGCAGACAUAUUUUGAAACACCGUUUUACCUGGAGAAGGUUUAAAAGGAAGUUUCAGGUAUAGGAUUGUACCAAGUUACCAUUUCCUACAUUCUGGACAUAAAAUAAAUUGUUGCUCAGGAUGAAGCCUGCUGAGUUAAAAAUCCCAGUGCUGUGGGCUGAAAAGCCAUUUCAGAAUGCAGGAAAUGGUGACUUAGUGUGGCUGUUGCAGUGGCAGCAGUCACCUUAAUUCCACCAUGUGUAUGCUACAGGUAACAGGUAUAUCAAAUCUGACCUGACAGACACAGCAACACACCUCUCCCCUCAUCUUUCUUUGAUAUUGUUAGCUAAUUUCCCUUCCAUAUAAGUUGUCAUUCACUGAAUAGCUAAAACAAAACAAAAAACCAACCAAACAAACAAACAAAAACCAAAAAAAAAAACCACCCACCAAAAAACACACAC